CUCCACCAUCCUCUAAAGUAUAAGUAAGGAAACUAUCUCGUCAUAAUUAAGGAACAGUCACAGGCUUUGCCAUACAUUUCUUUGGCAUAUCUUCUAAUUAAUGUGUGGAAGAGUGGGGACUCAGUGGUAGCAAAUAGCAAGACAUAAAGAGAAGAAUCGGAGCGUGUGAAGACAAAAGAAAUACAAGGUGGAACCCAAAGAAAGAUCUAGCUGGGAAUUUGCUUCUAUCUUUAAGCAUUUUAAACGAACUCCAGUGGCUCCUCUGCCUCUCCUACCUUUAUAAAAAAACAAACUUCCCUGAGAUAUAUCAUCGCCUGCAGAAGAAGCCAAAAGAACAGAUAGAGAGAUCUCUGUGUCCUUUCCUGUAGGUUUAAAAAGAACGAAAUCACCUUACCAACUUCCUACCAGCCCACCAAGAACCACCGAAUAACACCAUCAAUGUUGCUUGGAAAUUCCUUAUGCACCACCAAAAAGUUCUUCCAAAAAACCGUACAAAGGUUCAAGUCUUUUCUUUCUGGUGAUCAUUACCAAAAGCUACCAAAAACUCCUGCUCGCAAUAAUCCUCGCCCUCCUUUCACUGGUGGCAGUGACAUGAAGGCCCAAAAAAACUUCAUCAACAAUAAAGACUCGGACAACUUGUACAACGACUUCACCGGCAGGCGGGACGACACAGAUAAAGAGAAACCGAAGAGAGACGAGAAGAAGACAGCAUCAGCCCCGUCGUCUUCGUCAGCAAAACAAGAAAGAGAUCAGGACCUAAACUCAGGUUUCAUGAAUUUAUCAAAGGCAACCGCUGUGAAGAAUUAUCAGUACUUACAAAGGAGAGAUCAGGACUAUACAACCGAUGAUCCUAACAAUGAAAUCAAGAGUUCUUAUGCUAGGAAAAGAUCACCACUACUGGAUGACAAUUCAAGUUCUAAGCACAUUACAUGUGAGGGAAGGAGUUUCUUGGUGGCACAAAAGUUAAAGGAGCUAGAGAUGAUGGAUGUUAGCAACGUAGAACAUGUAUUAGAUGUCGAAGAAGUUCUUCAUUACUAUUCACGCCUUACAUGUCCAGCCUAUCUUGACAUUGUUGACAAGUUUUUCAUGGAUAUGUAUGCAGAAUUCAUUGCUCCACCUGCGAAUCCACGCAGUGUCAAUUCGAGGCCCAGGUUGCGUUCGGUCAGGUGAUCGACUCUAUAUAUCCCGGAGAAAAAAGAUAAUCGAGGCCUGGCAAUAUUUCAUGUUGUCACAUUUGUUUUCAGAUUUGUUGUAUUUACAAUUUUUUUUCUUGAUAAUUGUAUUUCUCUACGAUCAUAAAUCUGUGCCCGAGGAGAAGGACACCAAUUUUUGUUA